UUCAAUCUAUUCGACGCAUAUCCGCCCGCGUCGUCACGUGUGCGCGGAUCGAUGGCUUGAAAAACAAAGAGAGAGAGAGAGAGAGAGGAGAGAAAGAGUAAAAACUCCGGGAAAACGUGUCUCCGGUGUCUUAUUCUCAUGGACGCGAAUGCGCUCGUGUUUUCGCGUGUACAAUGAUUUGCAUAACAUGUAAUUUCCCGUUGUGAAGUCAAGGUCGGGUCAGGGUCGUCCCGUUUACUUCGCAUUUUGUAUCUUAAAAAAUUUGUAAGAUUUUGCGCGCGCGCGCGCGGCGCGCAGAAGGGUUGGCAUUCCUGGCGUCGUGGAGCGUCAUCCGAGUGAUUACGCUUGUCACUUCGGUCACUCGUGUGUUCGCUCUACGAUGUGUUUACAUUUGUAACGCACGAGACGCUGCUAUGUUGUGAGGAGGGAGAAGCGUCGAUUCCUCGGCAGGAUGAAGCGCACGGUGUCCGAGGAGAACAGCGAGAGCAAACGGACUUUCGUCAAGCAUGAGUCCAUCAACUUCGGAUACGAUGCGGCAGCCUCGUACGCCAAUUACUCGCAGUCGUCCACACCUUCCACCAUCGCUCAGCCCUUACCCGGGCAGCCACCCUUGCCUCCCAUGCCUCCGCCGCCCAGCGGAGUCCCACCUCCGCCACACGUAUUCGGACCAGUGCCUUCCCAAGUAACUCCCAUUCAAGCGUGGGCGCAUCCACCGUGGCAGUGGAUAGCGUCGCAGCCGUCUCUGCCACCUCCAACUCCGCGCGAGAUUACCAAUACAAUUCAGAGAGAGAUGCCGCUAAGGGGUAACUACGUACGUCACGAGAGGUUCGCUCACAACAGAAGCAACAUGUAUGUCCAGAGAAAUAAUUUUCAUCGUAGAAACAAAAGGCCCAUGCGUUUCGGGCAGUCGCAGGGCCAGUUCGAUCAGAAUACGUACUUUGGGGCGGCGUUGACGGGUAGUCUCGGGUUGGAGUGGCAAAGAAAUAAUUAUACCGCGGCGGCGAACGACGGUAUAAUAAACCACAUGACUGUUCCUCUUUCUUCCCAUUCCGUACCUUCCAUUCCGUCGGGAAUCGUGAGCAAUAGGCAUGGCGAGGAAACGGAAGAUCAGGAUGUGAAAAUUGAAAAGGUAGUAAAGAAGAACAAACAGAGGAAGCCGAUGUCGCAGAGCUAUCCUAGUAAGCCGUGGAAUAGGGAGGAUGCGGAGAGAGCUCUGAUGACCGAAAACGAAUACAAUAUGAAGAACAAAGUUAAUGCGCAGAGCUUAAUAAUUAAGUUUCCCGAUCCGGAUCUAAACAAGGACAUUGUUAGACUGUUUCACCCCGGUAUACGGAAUAUACACUUUCAAAAUCCGAGCGGUCCGAGAUACUGCUUCAUUCAGAUGGCGAAGAGCGUGAAUAUUGACGAAGCUAUAAAAGAGCUGGAGAAGGUUAAAUUUGGUACGGGAUACCUGAAAGUCGAGAAGAAAGCGGUGAGAAACGAGGAUGUCCGAAACGCGAAGCCCGAGGACAUAAAUCCUUACAAUUUGUACAUAGGAAAUUUGCCUACAUUUGUUAAGGCAAACGAGAUAAAAAGCAAAUUUCCAAAGGCACGAGUGGACGUAUCGAGAGCACGGAAGUUAAAGAACACGCAAUUUGCUUUUAUGAGAUAUAAUAGUGUGGAUGACGCGAUAGCGGAUUACAAAAAGGCGUACGGUUUAAUGUGGGACACGAGGAGUAUCAUUGUUAAAUUUAGACGAAAGGAAGGUAACGCUUAUCUUCCCGAGAUAGUUAAGCCUGACGUUAAAAAAGUUAAAGACGAACCAAGUAACGUUGCACAACUGGUGAAGGAACAGAAUUCGAAUCACGUUGAAUUUAAGCCUAAUGUUAACGAGUCGAAGGAAGAGGAUAACGCUGGUCAAACGAAGGAGAAUAAAGCCAACCACGCGGAUAAAUCGUCAACGAGUCAGGUUGUGGAGAGCGUGGAAAUGCGAUUACAAGAUAAUUCCGGUAAAGCGCAAAAUAAAUUGGCGUCGCAAGUUCAGGAAAAUGCGAACUCUCAUUCCUCUUUGUUGCCAACCUCAAUCACGUCAGACAAGACAAUGCAAGAGCAACAACGAGAACCCUGGAUGUCACAGUCUUCUCAAGUACCUUCAACAUCGGAAAAUCCAUCAUCGUGUCCGCAGGCUGAUGUCGAGGAAAUGGUGAUGCUCACGCAAAUCAAAACGGAGCCUAUAGAUUACGAUGACGAGGAUGAAGAUGAUGAUGAUGACGACGAUGAUGACGAUGACGAUGACGAUGACGACGAUGUUGAGGAGCCGGACGAUACUGACGACGACGAGGAUAAUAACGAGGAAGAUUUCGAAGAGGACGAUGAAGAUGAAGUUGAUAAUGGACAUAUAGCGUUUGCGGCGAGACCGUCGAAAGCAGUACAAGAUAAAGAAGAACCAACGGAUCACCUUGACCAGAUGUUCAGCGAUUUGGAGAAUAUGACGAGCGAUAUUGGUUUCUUGAAAAACGCUUGAAUUUUACUAUUUGGACACGCACCAUCACACUCGAAUCCGAGGUUCUUUUCAUGAAAUGUAAUUUCACAUAUAAUGUGUAUAAAUCAGUAACUGCGUAAUAUAUACGAAUAAGACUGCAUGUGUUUAAAUACAGUAGCGUAAGCGAUUUUAAAGCCGUAUUUAAGCGUUUUGUAAUUUUUUUUUUUUCAAAGAAUUUCAAACACCAUGCUUGAGUGCAUGAUUAUGUAAGUUCUAUUGUAUCAUUAAAGUUAUUAUUUUAUGUAUCCAUCGUG